GAGAGAGAGAGGGAGGGAGGUGAAGCUCAGAGAUAGAGAGAGACAGAGAUAGACAUAUAGAUAGAGAAAGAGACAACAGAGCCUCCUACUGAAGCUCAGAGAGAGAGAGAGAGAGAGAAGAAGAAGAGACAGAGAUCGACUGACGGAGAGAGAGAAAGAAAGAAGGAGAAAGUCUCAAGACUGAGAAAGAGGGAGAGAGAGUGUGUGAGAACGAGGAGGAGAGAGCUAAGAGAACAUUUGCCUGCAGAAAGAGAGCACAGGAAAAAGAAAGGACUGAGGGAGGGAAAGAGAGAGAGGGAGAUAGAGAGAAAGAGAGAGAGAGGGGGAGAGAGAAAGCUCCCUUGUCAUUAGCCGGAGUGAACUGAGCCUGCAACUCUCUGACAGCGGCACAUGAUAGUGGUGGAUUCAGACUCGCGUGGACCCGUACUUGCGCACAGCAACACACACACGCGCACACACACUCUCACUCUCACUCACACACUUUGACUUUCUGGAAUGUAUUUGUUGUUCUGAGAGAGACUGACGGUGCUGUGCAGGAUUGGUUCACUCACUGCUGUGCUGUGUGAACAGAACUCUGGACAUUCGCUGAAAACACUAGGAGCUUCACUCGCCAUAGGGGUAGUGACAACUAACCACACGCGCACACACACACACACACACACACACAUGCGUACACACACCCACACAAGCACACAGUCGGUCCAUUGAGGGUGAUUCCAAGUAUCCCUAAGAGGCAAGAGGGCAGUGCUGUGUUGGGCGGACGACGAGCGCGCUGCGAAAAGGAUCACUCCUCUCUCUCUUCCACCAAGGAGGACUGAAGAUGAUGAAGAUGCUGCCGGUGAUGAGAGAAACACAGACCGGGAGGAUCAACUUGGACCACUGACAGUUGGAGAGCAAGGCAAACCGAGGGUGCGCCUGAGUGCUCUAGAGGGAGAGGAGCGUGUGUGUGUGUGACAGUGUGCGUGGGUGUGUACACGUGUACCUGUGUGUAAGAGGAAGAACUUGGACAUCAUCAGUUGUGAGGAUGCUGGCGAUGGUUUUUCUCCUACUCGCUGCCUCGGGAUGGAACCUGACCCAGGCGACAAAGAGCGUUCACCCCAGGUUACGACUUUCCCACAAAGAGCUAUGUGAGAUGAACAGAACAUGGGUGUUCCAGGCUCCAGAUGGAACGCUGCAGAGGCCCACUAUGCUGCUGGAUGAGUCCAAGGAGAGGCUCUUCCUCGGGGGCAAGAAUGUCCUCUUCUCCCUCAGCCUGGAGAGGGUCAACACUAACCACAGCGAGAUCCAUUGGCCCGUGUCUGAUGACCAAGUGGAAGACUGUCUGAAGAAGGGGCGAGAGAAGUGGGAGUGUGCCAACUACAUUAAGCUGCUGCAGCAGUAUGAUAGUGCUCACCUCCUCGCCUGCGGGACUGGAGCCUUCAACCCCGUGUGCAGCCAUCUCCAGAUCGGACACUGGAAUGAGGAAGUGGAGGUGGAGACCUGGGAGAGCGGGCGAGGAAGGAGCCCCUACGACCCCAACAGCCCCAUCACCGCCACCAGCGCCGGGGGACAGCUGUAUGUGGGCCUAUACACUGACUACUGGGAGAAUGAUGCGGCACUCUGUCGCCUAGGAAACCACAGCUACACCAGGACGGAGAGUUAUGACCGACAGCAACUGAACGAGCCCAAGUUUGUUGGCUCAGCCGUGAUUCCGGACAACGAUGAUCCGGCGGACGAUAAGGUUUACUUCUUCUUCACGGAGCGCGUGUCGGAUCUGGAGGGCGGGGGCAAGGCCGUGCACACGCGCGUGGCCCGGGUGUGCGCGAACGACGAGGGAGGUCAGCGGAUGCAGGUGAAGAGGUGGAGCUCCUUCCUGAAGACUCGUCUCAUCUGCUCGGUCUCAGGGCCCAAUGGCAUCGACACCCACUUUGAUGAGCUCGAGGAUGUGUUCGUCCUGACGAAAAAGGAUAACAAGAAUCCAGAGAUCUUUGGGCUUUUCAGCACGACCAGUAAUGUCUUCAAGGGCUACGCGGUGUGUGUGUACAGCAUGGAGGAUAUCCGGGCGGCCUUCAACGGGCCCUUCGCCCACCGCGAGCAGGCCAGCCACCACUGGAGCAUGUACGAGGGGAGGGUGCCUUUCCCCAGGCCCGGCUCGUGUGCCAGUAAAAUAAACGGGGGCCAGUUCUCCAGUUCCAAGGACUUCCCUGAUGAGGUUCUGCGGUUUGUGCGUAACCACCCGGUGAUGUUCAAUGCUGUGCGUCCCCGGCAGCAGCGGCCCAUCCUGCUGGAGACCGGCAACGCUCGCAACUUCACCCAGCUGGCCGUGGACCACGUGGAGGCGGAGGAUGGUCACUACAAUGUGCUCUACAUUGGAACUGAUAAGUCUGUCGUGCUGAAAUACAUCACUAUCCACAACAAAGAGUCGGACACUACGGAGGAGGUCCUUUUGGAAGAGCUGCAAGUGUUUAAAGAAAGAGUACCAAUCACAGAGAUCCUGAUCUCGGCUAAAAGGCAACAGCUGUAUGUGGGCUCGGAGGUUGGCGUUGCGCAGACGCGUCUGCACCAGUGUGACCUUUAUGGCUCGGCGUGUGCAGACUGCUGCCUGGCCCGCGACCCCUACUGUGCCUGGGACGGGCUCACCUGCUCCAGAUACUACCCAGCGGGACACUACACCAAGAGCCGGCGCUUCAGAAGGCAAGACAUCCGACAUGGCAAUGCCGUCCAGCAGUGUAAUGGACUACAAAUCAAUGAAGAUCACAGGGGCAGUGGUGUGGAGAAGCUGGUGUAUGGGGUUGAGAAUAACAGCACCCUGCUAGAGUGCAGCCCCAAGUCCCUGCAGGCCAGACUGCUUUGGUUUUUACUGAGAGGAACUGACAUGGAAGAGAUUCCAGGUGAUGAUCGUGUGGUGAGGACCAGCCACGGGCUCCUGUUCCUGCGUCUGCGCAGGGCCGACGCGGGCACCUACCUCUGCCAGUCCGUGGAGCAUGGCUUUGUGCAGCCCCUGGCCCGCAUCACCCUGGAGGUGCUGGAGGGAGAACGGCUCGAGGGGCUCCUCCACAAGUCCAGCCCAGGAGGAGGCACUGCAGAUGGGAAGGAAGAGAAGGACGAAGAUGGUGGUGCUGGUUCCCCAUAUAGCAGGUCAGCUGCAGCUCUGCCAUGCCCUUUCCCCAGUCUCCCGACUGGGCCGGCGACCUCCAAGCUCUGGUACAAGGAGUUCCUCCAGCUCAUUGGCUACAGCAACUUCCAGCGUGUGGAGCAGUACUGUGAGCGCGUCUGGUGCUCCGCCUCCGACAAGAAGAAGAAGAAGAUGAAGGCACUGGCACCGAAGUGGCGAUUUCCACAGGGCACGGAGCGACGUGCAAAGCAGCGUGCACCACGCCACACUCCAGAUUAGAGCGAUUUAGAGGCGUCACGAAAACAAAGCGGAGGAGGAGAGAUAGAGAGAGGAAAAGGAAAGUGGAAUUUGGCUAAAAAAGAGAGAGUUGAAUCGAGACAGACUGAUAACGGUACCAUGAACUUUGCCUAGGGACAGAGUGCUUAGCAAGGCAGAUAUUUCAAACAUAAUCAGAGCUGCAAUUGUUGAGUGGAGCAGGCACAGCCAAGCUGCAAUUUUGAAGUGUUGAAUUAGAAUCGACAUUUGUGACCCUCCAUGCUCAAACAGUGUACAGUGGAGGAUAAUAGGAUAAUAUGAUAACCACAUGCCAUUUUCCCCGGUAAAAGCAGGACUGAUGUUUGUUGAACAGUGUGGGGGGGAAAGGACAUUUGAAUGCCAUUAUUGUUGCCAUGGUUAUAUAAGUAUAAGAAAAAUGUGGUUUGGGUCAAUUCACCUCAAAUUGACAGACUUUGUGCAGGCUUUGAUCGACAAUAGCCUUGUUUCUGCAUCUUCCUGCAUGUUUUUCUUUUUCCUAACCCACUGAAAGGAAGGAGAGAAGAAAAGGAAACUUGGAGGAUAUAACCCACCUUGCAACGAUGUGAGCUUUACCCUCAAAGACCACUGAAAGAAGCUUGCUACACUGUUGGACUCGAUUUCUUAAAAGCAUGCCACUGUGUUGAUGGUUUCUAAGUCUUAAACGACGUACCAAUGAAAUAAUGUGUUUGUUGCCAUAAGCUUUGGGUCGGAAGGCAAUCAGCUGACUUACUACGCACACCUCACAUGUAGUCUUCUAGUCUGUGUUGUAUUACUUAACUUAUUAUAAUGUGGGCGUAUUUUGUGUCUUUGUUAGUAGUGUCUUUGGUGUAGUGGUUUACCUUUUUCAGAUAGAGAAAAAAAACAGAAACUGGAAAUGCCAUACUGUUGUGUAGUAGAAACUGUAUCAAAGUAGAAUUGUUUUCUAUUUUUUAAUUCACUACUACUACUACUAUCUUAUUUAGAAACAGGCAUGAUGAUUUCAGCAGAUAUCAAAGUUGUGUUUUAUUCAGGUGACAAAUGUUUUCUUUUUUCUUGUUCAGGUCUUGCAAUAAGCUUUAUGUCACAAAUCAGUCAGUCCCAGAUAACAUGAUGAACAAAUACUUGAACAUAUCCUCAACAGUAGUUGAUAUGUAAAAAACCACUAUAAAUAUGUUCACUCUUGCUUUUUAUCUGCGUGUCAAAUGUACAUGAUGGCAUAUAGCAUUUGUGUGUUGUGGAGGUUAAGUGUCCUAGGGCACCUGUACGAUGUCAAUAAAUACUAUUAGAUUUAGUCUGUGUGAGUCUUCAAAUAAACAACAAGUAGAAAGAAUAGAACAAACUACAACCACAGGGAUUGUGUUUAUUAUUGCUGUAUGUUUUCUAUUUA